GCCGACUCCUCCCGGUCUCCAUUUGGCCAGCGGCUGAAAAAAAUUUCGAGCUUUUCCAGAGAGGACAUUGUGGCUUCCCUAAUUGCUAGCUCUGGAGAUCCGCAUCAACAAGAGAAGUCAGCCUUAUUUAUCAUCCAAGAAAGCCUUCUCUUUCCUUCCAUUAGCUAGUUAAGAAAUUUACAGACAAAACCAUCACGAGGUGGUGAUGACCUAGUUCCGGAGCUGCCCACACUGAAUCUCAGCCAGCAGAAUGCUCUCCAGCACGUGUUUCUUUGUGCAUCAAUCUUCUUCAAGGAAUUCUGUAUUGCUCUGUCUUUCCCUGUGACUGAGGCCUUUGGCGUUGCAGUAUGUUGUCGGCGGCCUUAACUACUUUGGCCAGAAGUGGUGGGAACCAGGUGAAGAAGAGAGUAUUGCUAAGCUCCGUCUUCCUGCAGGACAACAGGCAGGUGAUUCCUGCCUGCUACAGCUCCACCACCGAGCCCAGGUGUUCUCGAUUUGACCCCGAUGGAAGCGGGCAGCCAGCCACUUGGGACAAUUUUGGGAUCUGGGAUAACCGCAUCGAUGAGCCAAUUCUGCUGCCACCUAGCAUCAAGUAUGGCAAGCCAAUCCCCAAAAUUAGCCUGGAGAACGUGGGCUGUGCUUCCCUCAUUGGCAAACGGAAAGAAAACGAAGAUCGAUUUGGGUUCGCACAGCUGACAGAGGAGGUGCUGUACUUUGCAGUAUACGACGGGCAUGGGGGACCGGCAGCUGCUGACUUCUGUCACACGCACAUGGAAAAAUGUGUGAUGGAUCUGCUUCCUCGGGAGAAAGACUUGGAAACGGUCCUGACCAUGGCCUUUCUAGAAAUCGAUAAAGCCUUUUCCAGUUAUGCCCACCUGUCUGCUGAUGCAAGCCUCCUGACCUCUGGGACUACUGCCACGGUAGCCCUGUUGCGAGAUAGUAUUGAACUGGUUGUAGCCAGUGUUGGAGACAGCCGGGCUCUUUUGUGUAGAAAAGGAAAACCCAUGAAGCUGACCACUGACCACACCCCAGAAAGAAAGGAUGAGAAAGAAAGGAUCAAGAAAUGUGGUGGGUUUGUGUCUUGGAAUAGCUUGGGACAGCCCCAUGUAAAUGGCAGACUCGCAAUGACAAGGAGUAUUGGAGAUUUGGAUCUUAAAGCCAGUGGCGUAAUCGCAGAGCCCGAGACAGCAAGGAUUAAGCUCUACCAUGCGGAGGACAGUUUCCUGGUCCUCACCACAGAUGGGAUUAACUUCAUGGUGAAUAGUCAAGAGAUCUGUGACUUUGUCAACCAGUGCCAUGAUCCUAAUGAAGCAGCCCACGCCGUGACUGAACAGGCACUGCAGUAUGGUACCGAAGACAACAGCACUGCCGUCGUGGUGCCCUUUGGUGCCUGGGGAAAGUACAAGAACUCUGAGAUAAACUUCUCAUUCAGCAGAAGCUUUGCCUCCAGCGGACGAUGGGCCUGACCGCCAGCCUGGACUCAGUGUUCCUCUGCAGCAGGUGUCAGCGGGCAUAGCAAGAAACUGGUAAUACCCAGAAGGCCACCUGACCUGUGUGUCCUUGUGAACUGAUAGAUCCCAAUGCAGUGUAAGCUUACCAGCCAUGGACACGCUAGUAUUUUCAUAAAUCCUCAUCACUAUGUGCAACUGUACAUGCUCAGUGUAAGCACCAUGACAAAGCUGUGAAGCCAUUGUGAGUCUGCGCUGAGUGGGAGAGGAAGUGGUUUGGUACACUUGAUGAAUGGGAAAUCUGUGUGUUUUGUUUUGUGAUGCGAGAGUGCAUCUGGGGCUUUCUAAGAUUACCAAGCAGAUCUGGUUUCUUUUUAAUGAGUUUGUUCUUUAUUCAGUUGGACAGGUUUUUCUGAAUUUUGACAGCUAGUCAGUGCGUUAUCUGCAACCGUUUCUCUUUUCUUUCUCUCUGUUUAAAACAGUUCUCACCGGUUGGCCCUGCACUCCUUGGUUCAAGCAGUCUUCCUGCUUCAGUUUCCUGGGUACCUAGGACUCCAGGAUGCUCCAACUUACAAGUGUCCUUUUUUGUUUGUUUGUUUUCAUUUUUAAUGUUUUAGAGACAAACAAGCAUAGAUUUACUAAAGAAAAGUACUCCCAGGAGAUUCAGAAAUUCCAAGGGAGGAAUACCCACACAAGUGUUAUUUUUUAAUAAAUGUUCCAAGGAGUCAAAAUGAAAAGCUUUUCUGUUACCGUAUCUUGUACUCUGGACCACUUAUUAGUAAGCUUAGCCCUGAAAACUUCUUCAGACAAAAGACACGACUGAAGUGUAUCCAGAUUUGUAAAUAGCUCUCUUGUGUAUUUGAACUCUUUUUAACCCCUUCCCCAUCCAUUCCUAUUUUUCUGCAGUUAAAUGUGCUAUAUAGCUCCAACUGUUCCUUAAUCUCCCAAGAACAUACAGACUCCUUGAUCAAACCUUGUACAGGGAAACACGGACAGUGUUUCUGUUUAUUGAUGGUGUAUGUAAGUUUGUUAUUGUGUGUUUUGUAAACAGUAUAUUUGUAUCGCUUCCCCUCCCCCAACACACACACAAAGUAAGCAAGUUGGGUCAUUUGUUAGUAAAGAUAAUGUUGCAAUGACUCAUACUGCUGUAGAUAGCUUGAAGCUUAUGUCUCCAUUUUCCUCAUUUCUGAGAUUUAUAAGGAAGAAUAAAUCUUUUAGAAAGUGUAUUCAAACAUGUCAAUUUGCUAGGUAAAUUGGGAAUGUAAACCUAUACUUUUUUUUUUUUACAGGCACAUAAAUUUGCUGUUAAACUGUGAAUCCCUAAAUGUGUGUUUGGAAUUAAUCUAUAGUUUAUUUUCACAAACUAUGUAAAUUUGGUAUAUGUGUGGUGAGUGUGUAAAUAUUUUGAAGUAAUAUAACAUUAAAGGGAACAGACUUAUGGAGCCUUUAUGAGUUAGCUUUAAAUUAUUGAUAUAUUUAUCCCGAAGGACACUGAUUGAGUGGUUUUCUGUAGUAAACAAUCAGUGGUUAUUAUUAGAUAACCACUUGGAUUAAAAAUAUAUAUGGGGGCCAGAUGUGGUGGCCUCCACCUAUAAUCUCAGGACUUGGUGGGAGGAGGUAAGAGAAGCAGGAUGGUGACUUUGAGAUCAGCCUGGGGCUGCAUAGCAAGUUCCAGGGAAGCCUGAGCCACAGCUUGUCUCCCAAACCAAAAUAUCAACAACAAAUGGCUAUAAGAUACAUUGUAUUAUGCAUAAUUUAUGUGGAUAACCAAAGAACAGAAGUAGCCAUAUUGUGUGGUAAUUUGAAUAUAAAAUUAUGGGAUAUGAAAAGAUUAGGUAAUGUUAAAGGUGACAUGGAAUUUUGAGGCAGAAACAAGAGAAAAAAUAAUGAAAUAUAUAUGCCUUCAAGUCUAGUGUGCUUUCUUCCUUUAAUUUUUGUUUUAAAUACCUAGUAGAAAGAAGAUGUCUCAAAAUAAAUUUUUUCAUCUUCUUUUUUUUGGGGGGAAAUGGAAGAAAAUAUGUUUUCAUUUUACCUGCCUACCCUAUUUAGAACAGGCUCAAAAAAAAAUUUAAGGUCUUUUCAUGGAUGUUAGUCAAAAGGAGAAAAACAUUUGCCAGGCAUGUUAAUUUACAUGUGCCGUUCCAACACGUAGGAGACUGUGGCAGAGGAAUCCUGAAUUUGCUAUGCGUUACAUAACAAGAUACCGGCUCAGGAGACAAACAAAACCCACAAGAAAGAGCAGAGUGUUCACUGUCUGAAAUGAAGAAGUAUAGGGAGAGCAGCAGAGCUGAGACGCUUUCUUGUUGAAUCAGGUGUUGGGACAGAAUUAUGGAAACAACUUUUUAAGAGCAUUGAGAACUUGUAAGCUAAUGCGCGCAUAAAAAUGACAGCAUUCUGGAGUGUAGCGUUCUGCUGUGUAGCGUUCUGGUGUGUAUGUAGUGUUCUGGUGUGUAUGUAGCGUUCUGGUGUGUAUGUAGUGUUCUACUGUGUAGCAUUCUGGUGUGUAGCAUUCUGGUGUGUAUGUAGUGUUCUGGUGUGUAUGUAGUGUUCUGGUGUGUAUGUAGCGUUCUGGUGUGUAGCAUUCUGCUGUGUGGGCUCCAUUUCUGCUCUGAGUUCUUUGCAUUACUGCUGCUCCUUCCCCACGCCCUGUAAUCCCCCCUUUUUUACUUUGAAACCAGAGGUUAGAGUAAACUGGUGUUUGUAUCUAUAUGUAUUUAUUUUUGAAAAGAUUUGUCUUAAACCCCUGAGUGCUGAGAUUAUAAGCAUGUGCUCCCAGGCCUAGUUUUACCUGGAAGAAAUUGAAAACCCUGAUCCAAUCAUCCUUGAUAAAGGAUAGAAAGUGCUGGUCUCCACAGGGGCUGGGCUGUAGCCUUUCCUGCAGGCUUUCUUAACAUGUAUUUGUUGAGAACAAACCUGAAGAAACUACAAGUCAAAGGAAAAAAAAUAUAUGUGUCUAUAUUUUCUAGGCUUUAAUAUUAAAAUAUAAUUUAAAGAAUAUAAUUAUAAUCCUAGGUACAUGCAUGCCUCUGUUCUUGCAAGUGGUA